GCCAUGGAUGGGAGGAAGAACUCCCGCCGCUGUGGCGGCCUCUCCAGGAACUUUCCUAACUGAAUUCGAUCUCCCUUAUCCGGCAUCAGCGCGCACCACUAAAUUCCCUUUUGGUAAUAUAAAAAAAAAUACCUUCCGCUUCGAAGACGUACCCGGUACCCCCUGACUCUAAUCGAGUUCCAGUCCCGCUCCAACGUUUGAGAGAGAGCAUGUCCGACUUGCGAACUCCUUCGUCGUCCUUCUCCUUCCCCAAGAGUUCCAGAUCGUGAAGCCAGCCACUACUCUACUCCGAGUCGUAGCUCUCAGCCCCCGCGCGUCGAUCUUAUCCUCCACCUCCAGUCUAAUUCCAGCUCCGAGCCUCCACCCACCCCGAUCCCUCCCUCACUAUUAAUACAGCCCCGGUGCUUCACCCCCGAUCUCCAUCACAACCAUCAGGCCCUCCCCUCCUCGAUCCUCGGACGAAACGCGCCGCCUUUUCUUCACCCCGUCUCGUCUCCUGCCGUUUUUGGGUCGCCCGGAUCUCGCCCUCGUCGCGCGCGCGCUUGUUGUUUCUGUCGGCGGUGCUGGAAAGGCGGGGUCUUUUUCGUGGCCGCGCGCCCUCGUGAUCCUUCUUCUUGGGGUGGGGAAAAGAAAACGUUGCCGCCGCGAUGAACGCGCUCGCCGCCACCAGCCGCAACUUCCGGCGGGCCUCGAAGCUGCUCGGCCUCGACUCCAAGCUCGAGCAGAGUCUGCUCAUCCCGUUCCGGGAGAUCAAGGUGGAAUGCACCAUCCCCAAAGACGACGGCACCUUGGCGUCGUUCGUCGGCUUCCGCGUGCAGCAUGACAACGCCCGCGGGCCGAUGAAAGGCGGCAUCCGCUACCAUCCUGAGGUUGAUCCAGAUGAAGUAAACGCCCUUGCUCAACUCAUGACAUGGAAGACAGCUGUUGCAGCAGUUCCAUAUGGUGGAGCAAAGGGAGGGAUCGGAUGCUCUCCUGGUGAACUAAGUAGAAGUGAGUUGGAGCGGUUGACGCGAGUAUUUACCCAGAAAAUUCAUGAUCUUAUCGGAACGCAUACAGAUGUCCCAGCUCCUGACAUGGGGACCAAUGCACAGGAUCUUGGUGGAUCACUGGGUAGGGAUGCAGCAACAGGGCGAGGUGUCAUGUAUGCGACCGAGGCUCUACUUGCUGAAUAUGGAAAAUGUAUUUCUGGAUCAACUUUUGUGAUUCAAGGUUUUGGCAAUGUUGGCUCAUGGGCUGCACGACUUAUCCAUGAGAAAGGUGGUAAGAUUAUUGCAAUUGGAGAUGUGACGGGUUCAAUCAAAAACAUGUCGGGUAUAGACAUACCUGCUUUGAUGAAGCAUAAGAAUGAAGGUCAUGCCAUGAAAGACUUUCAUGGUGCAGAAGUCAUGGAUUCGACUGAGUUGCUAGUGCACGAAUGUGAUGUUCUUGUCCCUUGUGCCUUAGGUGGAGUUCUUAACAAGGAUAAUGCACCAAGCGUGAAGGCCAAAUUUAUAGUUGAAGCUGCUAACCAUCCAACUGAUCCAGAGGCAGACGAGAUUCUCGCCAAGAAGGGAGUGGUCGUAUUACCUGAUAUCUAUGCUAAUUCAGGUGGUGUGAUCGUUAGCUACUUUGAGUGGGUUCAGAACAUUCAAGGUUUCAUGUGGGAUGAAGAGAAAGUGAACAAUGAACUAGAGAAGUACAUGAGCAGUGCUUUUCAACACAUCAAGGCCAUGUGCAAGAGUCUGGAUUGCAACCUUAGGAUGGGGGCAUUCACCUUAGGAGUUAACAGGGUUGCCCGUGCCACCCUCUUGAGAGGCUGGGAGGCAUGAGACCAUUGACUGCAGAUUACAGACUCAUCAGGUGUAUUCAAUAAUUCAUUUCCAACAAUGUUGGAGGAUCAGUGUUUGAUACGGUAAAAUUCAUCAGAAAAAGGCUGGCUUGGAAGGAAUCCAGUUGAAAUAACAUUCUGGGUGUCGUGCUUGUUGAUCCAGUUCUUAGUGAUGAUUAUUGAAAACUGUACUUAAUCAUUAUAUAAUGUUUUAGAAAGCUUAUUUGGUCUCAA